AUUUAUUUGUGUCCCGCUUCGCGAGCGCCGCUAAUUAGCCAGAUGAGCUACCCAUACAGCUAAUGUUUCGUUUUUAAAUUAGCUAACAGCGUCAGUCCUGCACUUUUAUUCAUAUUUGUGUGUCUGACUGGUGAGCAGGGAUGUUACAGCCCACAGCGGUGAUGGCGAGCCGCCUCACUUUUCACUCUCAGCUCUCCUCCAUCAUGGAGACGAUGGCCAGGACCGUCCUGAGUCAGGUCUGCAAGCUGGUGGACGAGGACUCGACCGAGCUCCGGUUGGAGCUGUCUCGGCUCCUGGCGGCCAACUCCUCCCUGGUGGAGAGAGUGAACAGCCUGGAGGGCGAGCUGACGGCUGUGAGAGGCGACGCCCCCAAGUUUGGUCAAAGUUAUCGCAGCGUGGGCGUCCAGACUGUCUGCCGCAGCGACGGGGAGGCUGAUGCGUCGGUGUCUCCCACCAUCGAGGGGAUUUUCGGAAAAGACUGGUGCAUGGACCUGUGGAAGGACAGAGACCCAUACAGCCUGGAGAGAGUCCCAGCCUCCCCACAGCCCUCUGAGAGGUCUGUGGCGACGCUGACAGGCCAAAUUACUGUAGCUGAGAUCAAAGACAGCGGUUUUGUGGAGGACGUUGCCAGCAGCUGCCAGCCGGAAACACUUAGCACUGAAGGACAUGAAGAGAUCCUGGCUGAGGAACCAGAGCAGCUGUCCGUCGGGUACUCGGCAGAUGGGAGCAACUGCAGCCUGUCAUUUGAUCAGGAGGGAGAACAGGUUGCGUCUGCAGGUGGUGUUGAAGAACCGUCCAUGCAGCUGAUAUCCAUCAGUGAUGCAGACGAGGCUUUCAGCACUCAUAUUAUUCCAAUUGAAGAGGAUGAGGAUGACGAUGAUGACGUACAGUUCGUUCAAGAAAGUCAGCAGGAGCCAGCGAUGAAUCCUGCCGGUGGGCCCAGCCACGAUGAGCAGCAAACAUUACCUCCUGACAUCCCUGAAAACAGCUCUGGCCUGGAUGAUUCACAUGACAUGUGUAAUGUGUUUAAUGCUCAACCCACCAGAGAUCCAAAGAGAGACAAAUUCAUUUGUCAAAUAUGUAGCAGGACAUUUUUCCACAAGGGCACUUUAACACACCACAUGAAGUCACACAAGUCAAACUUUUGCAGUAUCUGUAAGCAGCAUUUCCCUCACAGGAACAAGUUGAACUCUCACACCUGCGUGGCUCCGGUUCCCUCUCAGAGAGUCGCCAAGUCAUGUCACUUGUGCGGAAAGUCCUUCGCAAACCCAUCGGCCCUGAGGAUUCACUAUGUCGUCCACACGGGAGAGAAACCCUACAGGUGCAGCCUGUGUGGGAAAGGGUUCACCCAGAAAGGGAAUCUGAAAUGUCACGUGCGAAUCCACACUGGAGAGAGACCGUUCCGCUGUGUUCGGUGUGGGAAGACCUUCACACAGAAGGUCAACCUCAACCACCAUUUAAUGGCUCACAGAAAUCGUGAGGUCAUGGGAGAAAAGCCUGUAACUAUGAGACAUCUGAAGUGACGGCUGAAACCCGUCAGCGACUGAUGUGGUACACGGUCAGUAGCAUUGUUAACAGACGGCAUCGUGUACCACUUCUUUUAUUCAUGUAAGGGAAGUUCAGUGUCAUGCUUGUUGUGACUUGUUUGUGGUAUUUUGCUUUUAAAACAAUUUGUGGAGUGAAACGUUCUGUUCUUUUGUCAGAUGUUUUUUAAGCAGUCAGCAUCAUCAGUAGUCGUUUGUGUCGUUCCAAUAAAACAGACAUUAAUGUUCA